AUGCACAUCCUUGACAGCUUGAGAAAAACAUAUCAGGUCAUUUAUGGUACUAAUUAUGGAAGGUACCGUGCCAUCACCAGUGCAUACUACCGCGGAGCCGUGGGCGCUCUCCUAGUAUACGAUGUAACUCGGCGUGCAACAUUUGAGAACGUAGAUAGGUGGUUGAAGGAGCUCAAGAACCACACGGACCCAAACAUCGUGGUGAUGCUCGUUGGUAACAAAUCUGAUCUCCGCCACUUGCUAGCUGUUCCGACGGAAGAUGGGAAAUCCUACGCUGAGCAAGAAUCGCUUUGCUUCAUGGAAACAUCUGCCCUUGAAGCCACCAACGUCGAGGACGCCUUUGCAGAGGUAUUAACACAGAUUUACCGCAUCACAAGCAAGAAGCAAGUCGAAGCCGGUGAAGAUGGGAACGGGUCUGUUCCAAAAGGGGAGAAAAUCGAAGUAAAAAACGAUGUUUCUGCUCUGAAGAAACUCGGGUGCUGCUCAAGUUGA